GUUUGCCUAAUGAUGAUGAUAGCCAGUGCACCGCCGCUCUACCAUUUUUGUGCUUCAGCCGAAGGUUGUUUCUGGUUUCCGUUCUCUAAAGUGGUAGGUAAUGUCUGGCACUACAGUCCUACAGGUGUUCUCUGGUCCUACAGACUACAGUUGAAAAGGUACAGAGGGUGCUGUGCAUUCUUUCUGAUGCUGCCACAGGCAUUUACAAUCAACUAAAGCGGAAAGUACAGUUCCCGCUAUCGGAAGUGAUCUCUGAGCCUUGGAAUGGAACCGCCGGCGAAGCGUGAGCUGCUCGGAAAGGUGGCAAUCGCAGUUACUGGAUGCAGCGCCGUGGGCAUCCUCGCAGUCGCUGCGCCUUUUUUGUCGCCUGCGUUGCGCAAAAUCUGCCUGCCGUACGUGCCGGCGACCGACACUCAGGUGCGCAACGUGGUGUCUCUGCUGCAGCGACGGCCCCGAUGCUCGGCCGUGGUCGACCUGGGAAGCGGCGACGGCCGCAUCGUCCUCGCCGCCGCCAGACUGGGCUUCGCACGCUGCGUUGGCGUGGAGCUCAACCCGUGGCUCGUCGCCUACUCGAGAAUGCGAGCGCUGCGAACGACGGGCGCGCGCUUUGUGCGAGCCGACCUGUGGCACUUGGACCUUACGCCGUUCGACAACGUGGUCGUCUUCGGCGUCCAGCAGAUGAUGGCCCCGCUAGAACGAAAGCUUGUGCAUCAACUCAAGCCCGGUAGUUGGGUGCUGGCAUGCAGGUUUCCUUUGCCCACGCUCCCGCCAGAUGAAACUUACGGCACUGGUGUCGACACGGUCUGGCUUUACAGCGUGAAGAGUGCAGCAGCACAUCUCGUCGACAGAUCGUAGUAUUUGGCCGUCGCUUGUUUGUGGCUCUGGCACAUAUCCACUUGGGGAAUUGGCCAAGAAAACUUGUAGCCUAUGGAUAUUACUGAACUUGUUCUUUUCUUGUGGUUCACACCCACUGUGGGGGAUUGACCAAGGAUUGAGUGGUCUCAUAAAAUCUUAUGGAAUCUUAUAGAGUAAACACAUCACAAACUUUAUAUGAAGUUUUAUGUGACAAACAAGAGAUGACGGAGGCAAAGUGCCCUACUCCACGUUGUCCUUUUCUUUUUGCAUUUACCUGCAUUUCUACUUUAACAUCACUAUUGCAGUUGUGAAAGAUAGGCUGAAAGACAAAGUAAAUAUUUGUGUUGCCACUCAGCUAAACCUUUACAAUGAGUUAAUCAUGGGCAACACUAUCCAAGACUUCAAUAUAAUCUUGGAAUAUUAAAUCGGCUUAUAGUUAACCGCAAUAAUGUCAACUAUAGUGCACAAAUGUAUCAUAGUGAAGCACUUUUCAAAAUCCUUGUGAAAUUGAGAGUUCUAAGAAUUUAUUCAAGCCAGGUUCCCUGAACAUGUUCUGCACACCCAUGCCAGGGGAUUGAUUCAAUUAAUGAGCUACUGUUUUCUUUUUUUUUUCAUAAAUUUACAGCACAAUGAUCUUGAGAAGACUGUGUGGCAACAUAAGGAAUGGUCAUUAAGGCUGAUGUCCAGUUAUAUAAAAAUUCUGCUAAUAAGAAAAAGCGAAAAUCAGGUAUUUUUUGCAUAAUAGCCUUGAAAAAAUGACCAAGAAAUGGAUUGGGGACAUUUUCAGGGCCACAAAAAGUCAGUUUCGAACAACUUGUCCAAAAGACCAGAGGUGCUAUUCCAUGAUCGUGAUUGGUCCAAGGGGUUGCUACGACUUCUCCGAUUGGCUUAAAAUGCAGUCAAUACAGACUCUGAUAGCGUCUAGUAAUAAAGUUUGUGAUUCACUUUUGCAACGAGCACAGUAACCGAAGGGGCACUUAUGAAAGUAGUCAGUUCAGCAAUGGCCGUUUACAUAGUUCAGCAAAACUAUUUCUGGGCCUUUUUAAUGGGUUAACGUUCUCAAGAAAUGCACCUCAUGUAAAAGCUUUUUAUCAAAGCAUCAGAUAAGUCUGUGGCGAGCAUUUCUCUAGAGUCUUUGCCUUGUGAUCUAAAUGAACUAAGCUUCUUUUCAUCUA